UUUGCGCUCGCGAUGUGCGCAUGACCGGAAGUUCGUGGAACGUCCUGUUGAGAGGCUGGAGGAGGGAGCGAGUGUCUGUGUUCUGCUGUAGCCGGAUCUCCAGAGCUCAAUUCCCAUGAACGGAAUGAGUGAGCGAGGCGAUAACCCAGCUGCCAUUCCUGCCAUUCCCCAGGAUGUCCAGGGCGACGGCCGAUGGAUGUCACAGCACAACCGCUUUGUCGCUGACACCAAGGACAAAGAGCCUGAUGUGUUGUUUGUGGGUGACUCCCUGAUCCAGUUAAUGCACCAGUUUGAGAUCUGGCGGGAGUUAUUUUCCCCUUUGCACGCCUUGAACUUUGGAAUUGGAGGAGACGCCACUCAGCAUGUUUUGUGGAGGCUGCAAAAUGGAGAGCUGGAAAACAUCCGGCCAAAGGUGAUCGUGCUAUGGGCGGGCACGAAUAACCACGGCCACACGGCAGAGCAGGUGGCUGAUGGUAUCGAGGCCAUCGUCCGUCUUCUGAACCAGCGGCAGCCGCAGGCACAUGUCAUCGUGCUGGGCCUGCUGCCAAGGGGGAAGGAGCCAAACCCCCUGCGGGUGAAGAAUGCCCGGGUGAAUGAGCUGAUGCAGGCCAGGGUGCUUACCCUGGGUCGCACCUGCUUCCUGGAUGUGGACCCCGGCUUCAUUGGGCCAGACGGUACGCUCAGCCAUCAAGACCUGUACGACUACCUGCACCUGAGCCGCCAGGCUUAUGCACGGGUCUGCAAGCUGAUUCACACCCGUGUAGUGCAGCUGCUGGGGGAGGCUGCUCGCAACCCCUGACAGUGGGGUGACAGUGGGGGGGGGA